AUGGAAAUUGCUCAUAUUAUGAAAUUCCCGGUGGAGAUAUAUUGGAUUUUCGUUCUGAAAAAAAGAAGUAUUAAAAAAUCUAUUAAUAAUGAUGAUGUUUUUGAUGAGUUGGAUGUGUUUGGUGAUGAAUAUAAAAAUCUUUUAUCCAAUUUAUAUUUAAAAGAAUAUACUGGCGAAAUAUUAGAUUAUAUUGCUGGAUAUAUUGUAAGAAAUAUAUCUAGAAAAAUAGUUUGCCCUUUUUGUAUAGAUAUAUUAAUUGAUGGACAGUCUGACCAUAGCUACACAAAAAAUAUAAACUUUACCUCUUUUAUUACCAGAGGAAAAUUAAAAAUAGUUUCUCCUGCUGUUUUUUUAAUUCUUAAAGAAUUGGAAAAAUCCUUUCAACUUAUUGUGGUCAUGCAAAAAAAACUACAUACAAAUGUAAAAACUAAUAUUUUAAUGCUAGCAAGGAAGAAUAUAUUAAAUAAGUCAAAUUUAUUCUUUUUUCCUUAUACUCAUCCUAUAAAUUUCGAACUUGGUUCUCCUAGUCAUGAGCAUAAACUAUUCUCAGCUCUUAGUGAGAGCUACAUAAAUAUUAGAAUGCGACAUUAUGCUAAAGAAGUUAAUGCAAAGGAAGUAUUAAAAAAUAAAAGUUCUUUGAGACAAAAAUUAACUAAACUAAUAUUAUUUCAAAAUGUUUAA